AUGACGACGCACCGGGGACCGGGGACGCCUAAUACACUCGACACGUUCUAUGAAGCGCUCGUUCAGUCACGCCCGUCCAAGGCCGCGCUUGCAGCCGGUCACCUCUCUAUCGGCAACAAGAAGUUUCUUCUCGAGAGCGUUUAUGCCAAACCAGCGACGCCGCCGCCGCGCCGCACACCGCCCGAUGACACCCUCGACGUGUUGCUCUUGCUCCAGCAAAGUGACGGACGCUGGAAGCUCACGGACGCACUCUCCGAUUGUCUCUAUGGUGCGAUCCCCCCCGUGCCCCCCGGGGUUGCCCCCGGCAUGUGGGCGACGGCCUGCGCCCUCACCGUCUUGCGCCGACAGCCCGAGCACUAUGACCGUCUCGAGAAGGCGUGCACCCUUGCUUUGGCGCACGUCGACAGUCAUGUGUUCGAGUGCGCCAAGCAUACAAUGCCGUCCGUGCCUCUCUCCAUUGCCCCUGAAGUGUACAUUCGAGGCAAUACACCGGUCCCACAGCAGCCCGCAGUCAUUGACCCAGAUGCGUUGAGUACGAAGGUUUUACAAGACGUUCCAAAGAAGACGCGGGCGCUCUUACGUCGCGGGUGCGGCGCCGAACUCGACGUGCACUUUGCCAACAAGCGUGCGUUGUCGCCGUAUCAGGCGGGGGAGGCCAUCGAGUCGUGCUUCCGCAAGUCAAGUCAGCACCUUUAUGCUGUGCCAGAGGUCCAGGAUGUCUGGGCGCGAGCCCACGUGCUGUACAUCCACGCAACGAAGCCACCGCUGUACGAUCUGCAAUACGACCACGGAGCGCGGGAAAAAGUCGUGCGCGUGCAAGGUCGCUACCUUCGCCGCCCCGGUGUCACGCGCCUCGAAACCCCAAAGUCAAUGCUCGAACACGUCACGACGCGAUGGCUCACGCCGGUGCCCGUCCAAGACGAAGUCGACCGCUUCUCCGAGGCCAUGCGAUCCCACACGAUGAAACCCAAAUGGACUGUUCCUCCGAUUCACACGCAAUGCUCGACGAGUAUCUCGGUGACACGAAGCGAACCACUGCUUCGACGACGCGCCCCACGACCCGAGGACUUGCCUCCCGAGCGACCACGCACGCUGACACCGGUUGAAGCCGACGUCAUUGCGUCCAUCUUGCAAUAUGAAAAGGUGCUUGCAUGCUUUCUUGCCAAAGUCGACGCCUGUUCGACCUUGUCGGCUCGUAUCUUUGCAGAGAAGAUCCACGCGUUCGAUGCAUUUACGCAGCUCGCUCCUGCGGUUGUUGAGAGCACCCUCGCUUGCAUUGAAUACGUCGUUGCACUUCAAGAUGCCCUUGCGGGCCCCGGGGCGCAGCACUACGUGCCUUUCAUGUGGCACGGCCAGCCGUUCCUGUCGACGGUGCUGCACCAGUUUGAUCGCCUCCAAGCCCGCCACGACCUGGUGGACUGGUACGGUGUGGAUUUCUACUUUGAGUGCAACCCGUUCUUGACGGCGACGACGGUCGGCUGUCGGAAACGCUCGUGGACACGGGACGACGUGGUUCAAAACUCAUGGUGGCCAGAAACCGCAUACUCGCCUGAGCUGCGCAGUGCCAUUGCGAUUGGCGAAGAGCGCCUCUUGCAGCACUGGCGGCGCAGCGACGAUGUGCAUUCAUGGGUGUAG